AUGUCGAUUGGAUCAGUCGCACAAGUAUUGGAAGCUCUUUCAUUAUUGUACUCGGCCACCAAUGUGCAAUCAAGACAAGAUGCCAACAAUUGGUUAGAAGACUUUCAAAAGCAGCCAGAAGCAUGGACAAUUGCUGAUUAUCUUUUACGAUCCCAAGACACAAAUAUUGAAACAAAACAUUUUGCCGCACAGACUUUUAGACAAAAGGUGACAUAUGAUCUAAGAGAUUUAGAUCAUCCCACCCAAAUGGAUCUUAGAGAUUCACUUGUAGAGUUACUUUGGGUUUCAAUAUCAGGGCCCAAAGUAAUUAUGAUCCAACUUUGCCUAGCCGUGGCUGACCUGGCUAUCCAAAUUACCUCUUGGAAGUAUCCUGUACAGGAUAUUGUCCAGAAGUUCGGAAAGUCUCCAGAGUCACACAUUGUCUUGAUCGAAUUCCUAAAAGUCUUGCCAGAAGAAAUGAGUGGCAAUAGUAGAUUACCACUUUCGGAUGUAGAGUUUCAAGAAAGAAGUAAUGUCUUGGUAAAGCAGAAUUCUAAGCAAGUUAUAAAAUUAUUAUUAUCAUAUAUGGAUAUUAGUGAAGGGAAUAUCGAUUUGCAAGAUUGCCUAUUGCGCUGUCUUUGUAGCUGGCUCAGGACAGGUAAUGUGGAAACACAGCUAUUGAGAGCAAGCCCAUUACUUGGGGUUGCAUUCAGAGGGCUUGCGAGCGAGGACCUGUUUGAUGUGUGCGCAGACGUGGUGUGUGAGAUGAUCCACGAAACCAAGAAAGAGCUGGUGAAGUCCCGAUCGAUGAUCAAGACGAUCCACCCUUACUUUGCAACGAUUCUCAGAUACCUAAAGGACGCCAAGUCCGACGCCAACACAGACAAGAUCCGUGGAUUCUGCCGAAUAUUUGUGGAGGCUGGCGAGGCAUACUUACCACUGGUGGUCAGGUAUCCAGACUACUUUUGCACCAUUCUGGACGGUGUGGCAGAGUGCACGGCACACGACGACCUCGACGUUGUCCAGAUGACAUUCAAGUUCUGGUCUGAGUUGACCACGGCUCUGGUGUCGUGGCGAGAACACCAGGACGUCUCGAUGUUCUACUGCUACUACGACGCCCUCGCUGACACGCUUAUCUGCCACCUACAUUAUCCACAAUCUACGGCGAGCUGGACUGCCAAGGACAGAGACGACUUUAGAGACUUUCGACACCAGAUGGGCGACACACUCAAGGACUGCUGCCGGAUUCUGUCUCCACAAAGGUGUCUGAGUAAGCCGCUCAGCCGAUUAAAGAAGGUGAUGGUAAUGCUCGAGAACAACCAGGCUGGUGGUGUCAGUUGGCAAGAGAUCGAGGCCCCUAUAUUCUCUCUGAGGGCCAUGGGCUCAGAAGUACCGGCAAAUGAAGAUCAGGUCAUGCCUCAUAUCAUGGAACUCUUGUCAAUAAUCCCCGAUCAUCCCAAGACUCGCUACGCAGCAACCCUGGUCAUCUCCCGCUACUCGUUCUGGACUCGUCUUCAUCCAGAAUAUAUCAUCUACCAACUCAACUUCAUUUCGGCUGGUUUCCAAAAUGACGAAGUUGUAGCUGCCAGUGCACUUGCACUCAAGUAUCUCUGUAAAGACUGCAGCGAGCUGUUGGUAGACUAUGUAGCCCAAUUACAUUUAUUUUAUCUUGCCAUAGUUCGAUCAUUGUCUCUUGAAGAUGCAUUCGAGGUAACAAAAGCAGUAGCGCAUGUACUGGCUGUCCUGCCGACGACUCAAGUGUACAGUACACUACAAUUGUUUUGUUUGCCAUUGGCUCAAGAUUUGCAUGACAUUGUCUCCAAGGACAAGGCUAUAUUGUGUCACAAGGAGAUCACCAAGGCAGGAGAUCUCCUGUCGCAAAUAGGAAUAUACUUUGAUAUCGUGCGUCUCCAGAUUCCCAAUAACUUACCCCACCCUUGUGUUGACUUCCUAGGAGAUAUUUGGCCGGUAUUUGAUUUGUGCUUUGGGAAUCUAGGAACCGUGAAAAGCUUUGCGGACAGUCUGUGCAGAGUGUUUGAGAAUGCCAUCCGAUCUUACAAAUCUCAUUUCUGCCCAUUUCUUCCCCAGUUAAUGGAACGUAUCGUACAUGUGUUUGAGAAGAGUGGCCUGAGUAUCUAUCUCUGGGUAGCCACCCUGAUUAUAAAAGAAUACACAGUCGAGGGUACCGACAGUGUUCCACCAUGCUUUGGGCUAGUCGAACGACUAAGUUCGUCCCUUUUUCUCAGACUUGACCAAUGUUCAUUUGGAGACAUUCCUGAUGUUAUUGAACAUUACUUUAGACUUGUGGCUGCGUUUUUGGACCGUGCACCGAUUCCACUUGUACAGAGCCAUCUUCUUCCUUCAGUCUUUCAGGCAGGUCUUGCAGGACUUGGGAUGAGAGAAUCAAAUACAAUUGCAGCUGUCCUGAUUUUCUAUCGACGGUUACUUGGUAUCACCUUAUCAGUGGACGAAUUGGACUCAAAUCAGGUGUCAGGUGUACAACAACAACCACCACCACUACCACCACCACUACCACUACUACUGCCACUAACACCAGCUCCAGCACAACAAUCCGGAAAUAGUUUCUUUGAGCUUCUUUUUUGUGGCCUAUUGAAUUACUAUCAAUGGGAGAUCGUACCCGACGUCGCGUCUCUACUACGGUCGCUCUCGCAGCUCCUACCAAUCGAGAGUAUGCAGUGGACCAUCAGAGUAGUGACUGGAGUUUCGGAACAAUCUCUGACUGUGGCAGAGAAACGGGAUUUCCUGGGAAACUACACAAAGUAA